GUUGCUGCUGUGGAGAUAAAUGGUGGUAUUGUUGAUAAAGAGGCUCAAUACCACUGGUCCAUCGCUGGAGCGCCGCUGGUUGUUGCUGGUUAGGAUGAGUGUGAUAGUGUGAAUGGUCGUAUUGUAUCAAGUGUGGAGCUGAUAGAGGAGCAUCAGGAGGAGUGAGCGUUGUCGGAGGUAGUGGUGGUGGCAAUGAUGAUGGUGAAGGUGACGGUGAUGACGAUAACUGUAUUGGUGGUGGUGGUGGGAAAGGCUGAAGAUAAGAAGAAGGCUGCAUCACUUGUAGAAGUUGUUGAGGGUGAAACUGAUAGUGAAGGAAAGGGGUCUGAAGCCACAGUUGAUUUUCUUGAACUUGCCGUUGCAAAAGUUCCUGGGCCCGAUUCUGUUGGAUUGUCACCAGCAUGGUGCUGUCUCUGCUCUCUGGCUCGGAGCUGGGGCUGCUGUAGUUAUUGCCAGGGGUCAAUAGAUGAUAAAGAUCAAUGGCAGACAAGGAUAUGGGCCCGAAAUUAACGCAGACUAGGGGCUCAGAGCCUGAUCUGGUUGCUUCGAGUGUAUAAUCUGUUGGUUCAAUAGAGAGUUGUAGUGAUGGUGAUAUUGGCGGCGUAGGAGAGGAGGCAUCUGUUGUAGAAGGUGAUGGCGAUG